AGCAUGGCGGAGGGCGAGCCGCGUGGGGCCGCCGAGGUGUCCGCGGCGCUGGGCCGGCACCUGAGCCGCCUGCAGGAGCCGGGCAGGGAGAACACUUUCACAUGGAGUCAGAGUUGCUGAUAAAACCCUUAAUGCAAACCAUUUCACACCAGCACUUCAGAGUUCGUGUGGCCGUAAUUCAGGCCACAGGAGCAGUGAUACAGUUUGGCAACGGGAAGUCUGUGGAUGACGUGCUCUCUCACCUAACCCAAAGACUCUUUGAUGAAAUCCCGCAGGUUCGGCAUGAAGUUACCAGUGUCAUUGGAGAAUGGCUAUUGCACUUGCAAGAUAGAUAUUCUUACUUUCACAAGCUGAUUCCUGUGUUACUCGGCAGCUUUACUGAUGAGAUGCCUGAGAACAGGCAAUUGGCUCUGAGUUACUGGAAGAGGGUAGGCUCACAGUGGGAGAAGGAAAAUGAAGAAGACCUUAAGGAUAAACUUAACUUCAGUGUUGCACCAUCUCAUUAUCCUGAAGGAGUGGUUCGUCCAGAAUUGGGAUGUCGAGAGCUUGUUACCAGAAACCUCUCCAAAAUUCUUCCUGGUCUCUGUCAUGAUAUGACAGACUGGGUUGAAGGCACAAGAAUAAAAUCAUCUCAGCUUCUGUAUAUAUUAUUGCUUCAUGCAGAGGAUCACAUUACACAGCACAUGGAGCUAUUACUUAGAACCUUGUACCGUGUGUGUUCAGAUGAAGAAAGCAAUGUGGUUAGAAAUUGUGUGAAAGCAGCAAAGUUGAUUGGAACAUUUGUCAGUCCAAAGGUGUCCUUGACGUUAAUCCUGUCAGCUCUCAAGAAGACACCUAUGUCUUCUCACCUUAUGAUCCUAGCUUCAGUGAUUCGAGGCAGCACAAGACAAGUCCUGGAGCCUCAUUUGGUUGAUCUUGCCAAUACACUCUCACAAACUGAAAUCAGUCAGCGAUCUGAAGAGGUCUUAUAUGUCGAACAGUUGCUUGGCUGUGUACAAGCACUGAUUGAAUGCUGCCAGGAAGACUGUAAAGAGAUUAGUUUGCAGCUUAUGAAAGUUUUGGUGACAGUCAUGGCAAUACCUCGUUUGGAACAUCUUCAUGAAAAGGUAGAGGAGACUAUGUCCUCAUUAGCUGAGGUGCAGCAUUUGAAUGGCUUUCUUGAUCUCUACAGACAACAUAUAGUCCAGCUUAUGGAAUGGGUGUCUGUCUCUCAUGAUAAUUGGACCUGCUAUUCUCCAGAAUUACUACAGUUAGAUAUCAUUGCCACUCAUUCAGGUCCUGUCAUUGGCAAAGUUCUUCCCGAUUUUAUUCUCAUCCUAAAGACAUGUCUUCAGCCAACCAAAGACCCACAGAUGCGUUUAAAGCUUUUUACUAUUUUAUCCCAGAUGCUUGAGAGAGCAAAUGAAACCAUCAACUCUGAGGGGCAGUUUCUAAGCUACCUUGAGAUCGUGUUAAAAGACAUGUUGGCUCCUAAUCUGCACUGGCAUGCUGGAAGAACAGCAGCUGCUAUCCGUACCACAGCUAUAUCAUGCCUUUGGGCUCUUAUUUAUAGUGAAAUGCUUUCACCGAAAGAGGUGCAUCAAGUAGAAGAUGCAUUGAUGACUCAGGUAAUUGCCACAAUGGAUGAAGAUUCUAAAAUUACCCGAUUAAUGGCUUGCCGUAUUGUCAACAGUUUUUUAAGUGUCUGUGGGAAGGAGUUUGGUCCAGAUAAACUCAAUACCAUUUAUCCUGAAAUCUUAAAGCGGCUAGAUGAUGUUUCACAUGAUGUCCGACUGGCAGCUGCUGAGACUUUAAUUAGCUGGUUUAAAUGCAUAGGAGACGGUGAUGGGAAAAGUGUACUUAAAAGCAAUAUUGAGUUUCUUUACCGAGAAUUACUGAUUCAUUUGGAUGACCCUGAUCAAAACAUCCAACAGGCAGUCUUAGAAGUUUUAAAAGAAGGAAGUGAUUUAUGUCCUGAUUUGCUUGUGAAAGAAAUUGAAGUAGUUGUACAUAAACAUCGAACUCCAGUCUACUGCAAUCAACUUCUACAGCACAUUCAGUCAAAAAGGAAAUAGGGUAUCUGAGCCAAUGUCAGCACUGUUUCUAGAGCACCCAGCAUCCAGUUUACAUGAGCUGGAAUUGCCAUGUUUUAAUCUGUACAAUAAAAUGGGCUGAGUGAUAAAGGUAAUGCUCUUCUGUAAAUUUAAUUACCUUCUGUAAAAGUUAAAUUGACAAUUCUACACCUCAGAUUGCUGUUUCAGCCACCCUUUACAUAUUUUAAAAUUAAUUCAAUAAUAUAAAAUAUUUGGGAUACAAGCUAUCUGUAAAUUUAUUUGACAGUGCUGACAGUUGAGAGAGAUUCCUUAUUUAAACAAACUAAUUUCUUUAUAAUGGAUGCUUAACCCUAAACCUAGACUAUUUUAAUACAGUUCUGCUAAGCGUUAGCCAUAUUAUAAAGCAGAUUAAGGAUUAUGUUUGAAAGAAAAAUAGUGCUGCAUUGUUACAAAAUAUAGUUGGAUCAGCAGUAUUUCUAUUUUUGUAUUAUAAUUUGCAAUUUUUAUUGUUAUAAUUAACAGAGUAGUGCCUUGGAAUGCAAACAAUGUUGUAUUCCAACAUUGUGUUGAGUUAAUCUGGUUUUAGUUAACAGAUUUUUUUAAGAUUUCUUUUAGCAUCUUGUGUCUUUCUGAAUUUACAGAAUUUUGAGCUCUUUAAUAAAACUUCAUUUACAGUA